AUGAGAGCUAUGAUGCAUCCCCAGUAUUUGGAUUUACUGGGGCAGUAUACUGGUUUCAGACCACAGGGUGAGGCUGCACUUAGAGGGGGCAGUCGCAUUUCUGUGACGGCUAUCAGAGAGCAUAUGGAGGUAUUGCACCCCGACAUUUCCGGCGAGACAGAGGAUAUCCAUAUUGACCAGUACACGAGGUUGGCGUUGUUUCUUCUUUUUGGGGGUGUCUUGUUCCCGAACACUUCGGAAAAUCUAUUGAGUCUGCGUUUUCUGCAUCAUCUGCAGCAGCUAGAUGAGUUACCCCAGUAUAACUGGGGUGCUGCUGUUCUAGUAUACCUGUACAGGAGUAUGUGUCGGGCGAGCAUGGGCACCCAGGUUUGGGCCUGGCAGCGGAUCCUGCCGUUGCAGCCACCUCUACCACCACUAGAGCUAGGUGUAGCAUCUCCGUUUCUCCAUCUAGCUACGAGGUGGGUUCUCCGGCAUGUGAACUACCAAGGGAGUGAUGCUCAUCAUAAUCUCCCCCUUGUCAGGGAUGUGUUAGAUAUUCUGGUGGCCGGACAGGUCAUCUGGACGCCAUACAGUGACGAGUUGCUAGCUCAUCUGCCCGAUUAUUGCUCGGUCGAUCAACUGUUUUGGAGCACUUUCGUCCCGAUGAUGUGCCUCGAUGUGGUGGAGCAUCAUGCCACAGAGCGUGUACUUCUCCAGUUUGACCGAUGGCUAGAGGCACAGGUCCAUAUUUGGGACCAGCGAGAGGAGUUGAUUCUACCACAACCUUCACUGAUCCAGGAGGCGACUAUUGAGCUUUAUAUGUCAUGGUACUGUCGUCACACCCAACUGAUGAUCGGGAACCCUAUUCAUGUACUUGGCGAUAGGUACAGACCAUAUGCCGGGAGGCACGAGGCACUGGCUAUUGGGCAUCACAUGUUCUACCAGUUAGGACAGGAGAUGCAGCAGCAUGGCGACAAUGCUACAGUCGUUGAGUAUGGCCGACGGGUGGAAGAGCUGGCUCUCCGGACCCUGCAGCAAGCUAGAGAGGGCGCGAGGUUGGAUCACGAGGCUGAGUAUACAGCGCCAGAGAAGCACCAUCGGGGUAGUCCCACGAGGCAGGGUUGUCCCACGAGGCAGGGGUGCCCCACGGGGUCGCGGGGGACGGCGAGGAGGUGGUCCCCAGCAAGGGGGCGUUGA